UUAAGACCCCAUCAAAGUGUGCCUUGCCACAAUAAUCUAUGACCAGUUAGGACUGUAAGAAAAUGUUUGCCAAAAUGCGAAGGGUCUAUCCAGGCACCGAGGUAGCCAUCUCCACUCAAGAGCCCGGCUGCUCGAAUGACUUGUCGAGUUUGGAAACAGGAACACAUGCCAGGAACAAAAGAGCCGAGGGCCUGAUAGGUGGGAUGCAGCAACUCUUUCUCUUUGUAACCGUGUUUCUUGUAAGUCCCGUGCUCAUCUACAGCGGCUUUAAGUUCUUCGUUCUGGAGCCGCUCUAUCCCGCUGACCCCGAUAACAAUGUGGCCAUCGGUUCGGCCGUUGCCACGGUCAUCGUGAUGCACGUCCCAAUCACCGGCUACAUCCUACGCCUGAUCUUCGCGGAAGAGCUAUCGGGCAUGGAGCAGCAGGUGGUGUUUUCCGACUGGGAGACUCUGGUGCCGGCGCAGGUCCCGAAGCACAGUCCCGUGCUGAACGUCCUGCUGCUCAUGUCCUACUGCGCCCUGAUCGUCGGCUUUCCCAUUGCCACAUUUUUUGCCCUAAAGUUUGUGGUCCUCAAGAGUUUCGCCCACAUCGACGCGGACAUUAUCUCGGCCAUCUGCACAGUGGUGGCCGUACACGGGGCCGUUGGCUUCUUCAUCUAUCGGGCUAUUUACUCCAAGACUACGGCCACGGCCACGGCCAAAAAUCAGUGAAAUCUCGAUUGAAUUUCAAUUUUGGAAUAAACAGUUCCUGCUUUCAUCAUU